AGUCUCCGGCUCUUCUUAAACCCCCCGGGGCGGACGUGCUGCCAGAGCUACGCGGUUGGACCUGAGCUUCCACUUGUUGAGUUCCCAACGGUUCAAGCAGAGCGGCUCUAUUUAAAGAGGCAGCGACAUGGCGCACGGGCUGGUCAGGCGGGAGUCGGUGGACACGGAGAUGCACAGAGCCGGAGGCAGCGGGAAGACGUUGGUCUCCACCAAGAAGAAGGGCUACGAUGUCACCAGAAACCCCAACCUCAACAAGGGAAUGGCCUUCUCCUUGGAGGAGCGUCUCCAGCUGGGAAUCCACGGCCUGGUGCCUCCUUGUUUCGUCAGCCAGGACGUCCAGCUGCUCAGGGUCCUCAAGAACUACGACAUGAAAAGAGACGACCUGGACAGAUAUGUGUUCCUGAUGGGGCUCAUGGACCGCAACGAGAAGCUCUUCUACCGACUUAUAACGUCAGACGUGGAGAGGUUUAUGCCCAUCAUUUACACUCCCACUGUGGGUCUGGCCUGCCAGCAGUAUGGCCUCACCUUUAGAAGACCAAGGGGACUUUUCAUUACUGUUCACGACCGUGGCCACGUCGCUUCAAUCCUCCGAAACUGGCCGGAAAAAGACAUCAAGGCUGUUUGUGUGACGGACGGCGAGAGGAUCCUGGGCCUGGGAGAUCUGGGUUGCCACGGCAUGGGCAUCCCAGUUGGCAAGCUGGCCCUCUACACAGCCUGUGGAGGAAUGCCUCCCCAGCAGUGCCUGCCAGUCACGCUGGAUGUUGGCACAGACAACGAGGCACUGCUGAAUGACCCCCUCUACAUCGGGUUGAAGCAUAGGAGAGUCCGAGGCCAGGCCUAUGAUGACCUGAUAGAGGAAUUUAUGAAAGCUGUUUCAGACAGGUAUGGAAUGGACUGUCUGAUUCAGUUUGAGGACUUUGCAAACACCAACGCUUUCCGUCUGCUGAACAAGUACCGCAACAAAUACUGCACAUUCAACGACGACAUCCAAGGCACGGCAGCAGUGGCAGUAGCAGGACUGCUCGCCGCCCUCCGCAUCACCAAAAGCAAAAUGAGCAACCACACCAUUGUGUUUCAAGGGGCUGGAGAGGCAGCGAUGGGCAUUGCUGAGCUGAUCACCAUGGCCAUGGAGAAGGAGGGACUUACUAAAGAAGACAGUUUGAAAAAAAUCUGGAUGGUUGAUUCAAAGGGACUCAUCGUCAAGGGUCGAGACCACCUGACCCAUGAGAAGGAGAGGUUCGCCCAUGAGCAUCCUCAGAUGAAACACCUGGAGGAUGUAGUCCGGGAACUGAAACCCACAGCUAUCAUUGGUGUGGCAGCUGUUGCCGGAGCUUUCUCUGAGAAGAUCAUCAGGGACAUGGCUUCCUUCAAUAAGCGACCAAUCAUCUUUGCCCUCAGCAACCCAACCAGCAAGGCUGAAUGCACUGCUGAGCAGUGCUACACGUUCACCGAGGGGCGUGCCAUCUUCGCCAGCGGCAGUCCGUUCGACGCCGUCACGUUGCCUGAUGGGAGGAAGCUCUAUCCCGGUCAGGGCAACAAUGCCUACAUCUUCCCCGGAGUAGGCCUGGCCGUCACUGCUUGUGCCUUGCGACAUAUUACCGAGGAUAUCUUCCUCACAGCGGCGGAGGCUCUUGCUAACCUGGUGACCGAGAAGGAUCUUGAAGAGGGAAGACUCUAUCCUCCUCUCAGCUCCAUCAGGGAGGUUUCCCUUAAACUGGCCGCUAAGAUCAUGGAUUAUGCCUACGAGCACAAAAUGGCCACGCUCCGUCCAGAGCCAGCCGACAAAGAAGCACACGUCCGCUCCAUCUCCUACAGCACUGACUAUGAUGACUUCACUGUUGACUCAUACCAGUGGCCAGAGGACUGUACGGCUGUGCAGUCAUGUAAACUUUGAUGUUCUGCACAUUAAAAGAAAAAAAAUGCCCUUAAAAGGGAAUAUUACUACUGACAUGCAAUGUUAUCCAAAGUCAAAGAGUUGGGAUUGAGGAGAUGUGUCUAGGACUUUCCCUUUGAUUUACAUUACUGCACUUUAAAAUAACUGAUGCCAGGUCGGGCGUUAUUGGUUUGCGUCACGAAACACUGCAGCAGUUGUUUUAUGGUAGAGUAAAUGAGGAGGGUCCUUUGUGGUUUACCUUUGAUUGUUCUGUAAUAGGCAGUUAUCUUAUGAUUGUGUCAGCUAAAAUCCAAAGACACUUUGCCAAAUAAAGAAAAAGCUUUUGAUUAAAUA